GUCAAUAACGAGUUCCCAGUUAGCUCUGAUCACCGCGGCUACAUCCGAAGACUUACAUCUCGCGCUAAUCGAAAGACUCGCGGAUGUCGGAAUAAACUGGACGAGAUUUUUUUUCCCAAGGCAUACACGCACAAAGAGAAAUAUUUUCAAGUAGUUUCAGAGAAGCUGGAUCGUGCAACGUAGAAAGAUUAUAUCGAUAUAUUUAGAAAAUUUUUUAACUUGUUACGAUGAAGACGAUCGCUCGGACAUAAUAGCGAGCAUUGGACGUGUACGUUUACAGAUCUUAAGACAAAGCGACUCAAAAAAUUGUAGAUAUCUUUUAGAAUUGUCCGGAGCAAUCUGAAUAUUGAAAACAUCGCUUGAAAUAAUAAAACCGCUGGUUACAAGUUAGACGUGUUUAUUCUUUAAAGAUUGAAGAAGGUGGUAUACAAACAGACAGUUUAGAGAAUAAACAAUUCAACGUAAGUCGGUGUUUAUUGUACGUAUAUACGAUGAUAUUAUAUCUAGACAAAAAAUAUUAAAAAUAGAAGAGGGAGACGCAAUCUAAAAAACUCCGCGGCAUAUCUAAACGAGAUAAUAGUUAAUUUAUUUCAACGCUUUCGCAUCAUUUCAGUCAAAUUCCAAAUCACUUCACAUUCUUAUAUCUUUUAAAUGUAAGUAAUCGAUUAAUAAUUAUGAUGGUUUAAAGUACCUUUCAAUAUGUAAUAUCGAGAUUAUCUUAUUAUCAAGAUAAGUAUUAGAAUCGAAUAUUGUAAAGAUAUAUAAAAGAUUAAACCGCGACAAAGAGAGAGAGAGAGAGAGUGAGAAGUAGCACUAGUAACGAAGAUAAAAAAAGACUGACCUUUUUCUAAAAUUGCGAAUAACGUUUUGUGAGGAAAAAUCACCGAAUAGGUUACGUGAUAUUAUUUAAUUGAUACGAUUAAUUAUCAGAAAAUAAAAUCAAAUAGAAGAUACCAUGACGAACACGGACAUUAAUAAUACGAACGAACGAACAAACACUAAUAACGUGAAAGAACAAAUAGAUGUUAACAAUACGAAUGAACACAAAGACAUUAAAAAUCCAAACGAGCAUGUUAAUAAUGCGAAUGGACAAGUAAAUCUUAACAAUGAGGGUGUGCAUGUAUCAACGUGCAUGGAAAGAUGCAAGAUGGAGUCCAGCGUCACUCAAGAAAAAAAAUGGGAACGAACAGGCACAAUUUAUCAGAUAUUGAUGGCCUUAUGCGCCAAUGUUGUGGUGUUGGGUCCAGCAAUGGGUUUCGGUUACAGCGCUGUAGCAGAAUCUGCGAUGAGAGCAAAUAAGACUGAUGGUGAUUUACAACUCGAUGCUAAUCAAGCAAAUUGGAUGGCUACUGUAUCGGCGUUGGGUACACCUAUUGGUUGCCUACUCUCGAGCAUCGUGAUGGGACGAGGAAGAAAGAUUAGCAUGUUCGUGACAUCAUUGAUCUCAAUGGCGGGCUGGGUAAUCAUUUACAUGUCGAACAGUUACGUGCAAAUCUUAGUUGGGAGAUCAAUUUCCGGAAUAUCCACUGGCAUGGCAUCUGUUCCGACGACGGUGUACGCGGCGGAAAUAGCGGGAUCGAAAUGGCGAGGCUCGAUGGUUACAUGGACCAGUAUCUCUAUCGCUCUUGGUGUUCUCAUUGUUUAUAUCUUCGGAUAUAUUUUUCAGGAUAAUUGGCGACUGGUGGCUUUAAUGUGCGCUCUAUUUCCAUUGUGCGCGAUCGCCCUCACUUUACUGGUGAUACCUGAAAGUCCUUUGUGGUUGAGGGAUCGAAAUCGGCCCGAUGAAGCGCUAGAGAUCAUGAAGAAGUUCCGUGGAAUACCAAAGGAUCAGCCGGCACCGGCGGAAGUCUUGUUUGAACUAAAACCGCGUCCGCAGAAGAAGAAUCAGAACGUGCUGAAGCAUCUGAUGAAAAAGAGCUCUCUAGUACCAUUCGGUAUAAUGCUCAGCUUCUUCUUUUUCCAACAAUUCUCCGGGAUCUUCGUUGUCAUAUAUAACGCCGUUGGAAUAAUGGCUAAAUCAGGUGUUCAAGUGGAUCCUUUCCUCGGAGCAGUAUUGAUAGGCAUCGCUCGUUUUAUAGCCAGUCUCUUAACGGCAGGUGUGUCCCGAAAAUUCGGUCGGCGAAUACCAUCGAUGAUUUCCGGCAUUGGGAUGACGAUCUUCAUGGGAGGCUUGUCACUAUAUCUGUACCUAGCUGAAAAGGGAACCGUCAUGGCGGAUAAUGGAGUUGUCCCGGUGAUUUGUAUGGUGAUGUACAUAUUCACAAGUACUUUGGGUUUUCUGGUGAUACCGUUUGCUAUGGUAGGCGAAGUGUUUCCGUCCAAAGUUAAAGAUAUAUUGUCCGGCAUGACGGUUGCCAUAGGUUAUCUCUUCAGUGCAAUAACUGUUAAGACAUAUCCAGAUAUGGAAAAACUGAUGAACAUGUACGGCGUGUUCCUUUUCUUCGCAAUCAUGUCUUUAAUCGGCGCAAUAUUUGUCUUAUUUUUCUUACCUGAGACAAAGGGAAAGACUCUACGCGAGAUCGAAGACAUGUUCUCGACGAAAAAAAAUGCUUUCGAAUUGCAAUCGAUAGAAGGGGUAGUCGAAGAAGUAGUUAUUCCGACUUCCGUCAGUUUUGUAAGAACUUGAGAAUACUUAACAUACUUCAGCUAAUUAUUAAUUAGAUUUAUUUAAUAAAAUAUUGCACAACGACUCUAAACUUUUGGCUUAUAAAAAAUAAUAUAUCAAUGAUUUAUUUAAAAUCUUCAUUUUAAGAUUUGUAUAUUUAUAAAUACUUUAUAAUAACUAUUUCUUUAAUAAAUAUUUGGACAUGUCGGAUGACUGGGACAUUUACCUUAUUUAUUGCUUAUGCGGACAAAUAAAUGUCAAGAGUAGAUAAUGCACGAAACGUAUAUCUGUACGAACGUUAAGAUGCCUCUACUAGAUAAUUAGUAAAUCACAAAACUUUUGUUAGUUUAGUUCACAAACGCAGACAUAGAAUGAAAAUAAUUAUUUGUUUUUUCAUUGCAUGCGAAUGAGUUUUAUCUGCGUGUAUCUUACGUGCGAUGAUCGUCAUUCUGCGUCAGCAUUUGCAAACUACGUUUUGCGAUUUGCGAAUUAUGUAGAGGCACCUCACGGUAAAAAAAAUUUGUGUUAAAUUUAACACAUUUCACAUAUCCCAAACAGU